AUGUUCCAGCGGGACGCCGACCUCAAGCCCGGCGGGAAGGCCGCGCUCGUGGAAGCGGCGCGAUUGAAGCGCGACGAGCGCGAGAAGCGGCGCGCCAUGGAGGCCCAUGUGGUGCUGCUGCAGUCGCUCGCGCGACGCUGGCUGAGCACGCGGUCGACGCUGGCGACGUGCCGAGCCGACCUCGAUCGGAAGCUCGCCGACGUCGCGACCUUGGAGAGCGUGCUGCAGCGCGAGAUUGUGCUACCGGGCGCGGCGCUUGUGCCCAUGCUCCACGCUGCCUUCUUCAUUCUGCGCGCCGGGGCCAUCGCCGCGCAGGAUGUCCCGCGCCUCCUCGGGCUUGUGCAGCGUGCGCAUUCGAAUUGGCGUCUCGCCGACAAGCAGUGGGCGGCCGCCUUUAGCGAUGUCCCAAUCGAACUUGUGCGCUACCUCGUCCUUGCCUGCCUUGAGCUCGCAGUGUAUCCAAGCGCAGCAGCCGCGCUCGCGUUUGUGGACGACCUUGUUGGCACUUCGGUACCGACACGAUCAGCCGCGCAGCUCGCACUCGGCGCGUACCUGGCGCAGGACCGCUUGCUACGUCCUUGGGCGGGGCGUGCCACCAACGUGGCGGGUCUUCUGCGAUCUGUGGUGCUGCGUUCGGAGGUCUCGACAAGCCUCUCGUCGUUCUACGAGCUCGUGCUCUUCCUCAUGGCCGACCUCCAAGACGCCCCGAUUCCGACGCUCCUGAUCGAGGUACUGACGCUGCCAACGCUUCCCGAGACGCUGCCACCCAGCGCGAUCGCGACGCUACAGUCGCUCUGGCCUCGCCUGUUGGCAGCGCCCGUGGCCGACGCCGCUGCCCUGCCGCCGUCGCCGAUGCCGGGGUUAAACAGCGCGAUGUUCCUCCUUGCAAACAUGCUCUGGCUUGCCUCGUCAAUGAACCUCGAGGCGUCGAUGCCUGCAUUCGUCCACUGGGCGUGGACGAUGCUGCAGGUCGUCUCGGAUGCGACCUAUGGCGGCAUGGCCUGGGUGCACGUCUCGGCGUCGCACUCGGUGCCGGCGCCCGUGCCACCGGCCGUGACCCGUCACCUUGAGUACCUCUAUAGCCCCAAGAUGAUUCGAGCGAUCGUGCCCCGGGGCUUUCGUGUGGAUGUGACCAAGAUCGCUACGCCGCUGACGACGACACCUCCGACGCCAAUGCUGCCAAAUGCCAUCCUGAACGAAGAGAAAUUUGGGUUUGGUAACAUUGCGCAGCAGUCGGGCUCGUCGAUCUGGAAGCGGUUCUGGCACCGCUCCAAGCCUCAGUGGGCGACCAAGCUCUUUGGCACAUCGUCGCGGUCCAAGGCGCCGGCCAGUAGCAGCGCCAAAGCCAACGACCAUCGCGCGCCCACUGCAUUUGAUAGCGCGCUCUUCACGUCGGUCGCCAAGCUCUAUGGGCUGUUUCUCUUCCGCUGGACGCAGCGCGACGCCAAGGUGCCGCACACGCUCCUGAGUGCGCUCGCCUUCUUCAAGACGCGUGACGGCACGUCGCUUGUCACCACCUUGUGGCUGUUCUUGCAAGAGUCGCUCGACCUCUCCGCCUACGCCGAGUCGACGGCGUUGGAGGCGACGUCGGCGGGCGAUGCAACCGGCAACGUGCUCUACCUCUUUGUGCAGUGCUACAACCAACUGCUGGUCGUCCUCGAUGACGACGAGAUGUACGACCGCAUGUACCCGCUGCCUCUCUUUGAGGUCGAGCGCGUCGUACUCUUCUUCAAGCCGAUGCUGUUCCGGGCCUAUGACGCGCCGCGACGCGUCGACAGCUUCGGGGACCGCCUCGUGGCCGGCGCGACGCUGCUCUUGCAGCAGCUCUACAACCGCUGUGCGCGCACCCCGUUCUGCAACGUCACGAGCUGGGUCCUCUCGAAUAUGGACGGGUCGUCAGUCCUCGAGCGCAUACUCAAGAACGAGCCACAAGCUCUCCAGCUGAUCCAGCACAUGCCCUACUUGCUCAUGUAUGCGGACCGCGUCCGCCUGUUCGAGGCUUGGGUCCGUCUUGACCGCGCACAGCACCAGGCCCCGGACGUGCCGGGCUUCCGCAUCAACAUUCGCCGCGGGUACAUCCUCGAGGACGGGCUCACGAAACUCAACGUCAUCAAGCGUGAUCUCAAAAAGAAAAUUCAGGUGCACUUUAUCAACGCGGCCGGUAGCGAAGAAGUGGGCAUCGACGCGGGUGGGCUCUUCAAGGAGUUUUGGACCGACCUGAGCGCGCUCGCGUUCGACCCCAACUACGGCCUCUUCAACGUCACCAGAGACCAGCUCUUGUACCCGAGCCCGCACUCCGAGACGGUGCACCAGAGCGACAGUCUCUUGUUCGAGUUCCUCGGGCGCAUCCUCGGCAAGGCGCUGUACGAGGGCCUCGUCGUGCAGCCGCGUUUUGCGCGCUUCUUCCUCACCAAGCUUCUCGGUCGGCCCAACCUCUGGCACGACCUCCCGUCCCUCGACCCCGAGCUCUACAAGAACCUGUCGUUUCUCAAGAGCUACGAAGGCGACGUGGCCGACCUCGGGCUCACGUUCAGCAUGGACCAAGAUUGCUUUGGCGUCGCCAAACACGUUGAGCUGAUGCCGGGCGGCGCGACGAUGGCGGUCACCAGCGACAACCGACUCCGCUACGUGCACCUCAUGGCGCACUUUUACCUCAACACGCAGAUCCAGCGGCAGAGCGGCGCGUUCCUGCGUGGUCUCCAGGACGUGAUCGACGUCAAAUGGCUCCACCUCUUCAACGAGCCCGAGCUCCAAGUGCUUAUUUCGGGCACGUCGCAGGCGUUGGACGUGGCGGACCUCAAGCAAGCGGCGACGUUUGCUGGCGGCUACUUUGGCCACGAGAAGCGGGUGCAGUGGCUCUGGAAGGCGCUCGAGAGCUUCUCGCCCGCGGACCAAGCGCGCUUCCUGCGCUUCGUCACGUCCUGCGAGCGCGCGCCGAUUCUAGGCUUUGCAUCGCUCCACCCACCUUUUGUCGUCCAGCGCAUUUCGAUCGCCAAGGACGACGAGAAGUUGCCGUCGGCGGCCACAUGCUUCAACACACUCAAGCUGCCGACGUACUCGAGCUACAAGGUGCUCCGGGAGAAGCUCUUGGUGUCCAUCAAUGCCGGCGCCGGCUUUGAGAUGACGUAG